CGUCGUCCCCUUUCUUCGUUUUCGUUUUCAUUAUCUUUCAAACCCUCCGGAUAGUGGCACUCCUCCCGAUCGUGCUUGAACUUGAGGUCAUGCUGGGUAAUUUUGACUUCUGCGCGCUAAUGACGGGCGCAGGAAGUCUGGAUGAAGGUAGCGCUCCGCCGGUGGGACGGGGCAGCCCCGAGGCCAUGCCCACAGUCGCAAAGCGCGAUGGCGGGCGCAAGGCUAUUUGAUGCAGCAGUGGUAUUAGAUGCGGUCGGUAUCUUCACUGGCGGAGCCUUGCUAAGCGAUGACGCGGUAGGCUUCAACAACCUUGAUUUGAGGGUCCCGCUGGGUAGUUUUAUUGUCUGUGCAGGUCGGGAGGGCAUGUACGUCUCAACGGGUGAACGGGGAGGCUCGGUAGCUUUUGUGCGCAGACCGAGGACGCUUGUGAGUUUGCCCUUCAUACCCAGUGUAGGGUGCGCACCCUCUUCAGGCUUGCAAAACAUACUCGCCUUAAGGUCGGCAGGCAUCAGCCCCGGAGGGGGGCGGCGCACACCCGUUAGUAUUGGUUUGUGGAUCGGGGCGGGAAACACAGUCGGUGCCACCUGCUCCUCUGCACUACUUCCAGCAGACGACGAGCUCGCACUAGACAGGGAAGUUGACCUGUCAUGUGCUUUGGACCGCUUCACGAUGCGAAGCGCAUGUACUGGAGCUGCGGGAACUGGUGCAACGAGUGCCUGUGAAAUCCUCGGUGGUGUCACUGUUGGCGCUGAAGGAGAAUGGAUCGGGGAUAAAGGUGCAGACGCCUUCAGCGACUCAGAGACUUCAUCCCCGGGUGCAGUAACAAUGGGUGGUCGGAGGGAGGGCGACGACAAUUUCAUUCCCGGAGACAAGCUGCUCCGUCUUGUCGUCAAUCUCAGCGGCUGCAGGGGGAGCUGAUACAAUGCCAUGAAAAAGGGAAGAAUAUUUCAAAGGUACGAACG